AUGAAGCUGGAAGCCGUGGUUGAGCAGCUGCAGAAGCAGCAGCAGAAGCAGCAAACACCUCUGCAGAUGGAUUCCAGGGAGAGACAGCAGAGGCAGAUGAGAGAAGCCCAGCUGCUCUACACUCAACAGCUGGCUGUGCAGCAAGCUGUCCUAGCUGCUGCAUCUGGCAGGGCUUCAGGCGGCUCUGCUGUUGGUCCCUUGGCCAGAGGCCCAUCUGCAGCCGGAGCUACGCGGGCUUUUGAUCAGAGCAGCAUGAAUUCGGAGCCAGAAGAGGAAGAGGAGGAGGAAGAAGAGGAGGAAGAAGAUGAGGAGGAUGAGGAAGAAGGGGGUUUGGAAGGUGGAGAUCUUGAGGAUGGCGCUGAUGUGACUGGAAAAGAAACCUGCUCUGCUCUGAAAUAUUUUCAUGCUCCCAAAGUUGCCCAUCACAACCAAAGAGUGGCCUCUGCCUCUAAUCCUCUUCCAGCUUCGGGCCACCAGCGGGGACAGCAGGGCAAAGAAGAACAGGGUAAAGACACUACUAAGCAACCGUAUUCUGGUUCCCCGUCUGGACGCCAGAACUGGCGGUUGGACGAGCAGCUCAAACAGAAUGGCAAUGUGACCUGGAGUGACGAAGGUGAUGGAUGCCGAGGAAGAGAAAUUUCACGAGACUUUGCCAAGCUCUAUGAACUGGAUAGUGAUCCUGAACGGAAAGAGUUCCUGGAUGACCUCUUCAUCUUUAUGCAGAAGAGGGGAACUCCCAUCAAUCGGAUCCCCAUCAUGGCAAAGCAGAUCCUGGAUCUCUACAUGCUCUACAAGCUGGUGACUGAGAAAGGAGGGCUGGUGGAAAUCAUCAACAAGAAGAUCUGGCGAGAGAUCACCAAAGGCCUUAAUCUGCCCACCUCCAUCACCAGUGCCGCAUUCACACUUCGAACCCAGUAUAUGAAGUACCUAUAUGCCUAUGAAUGCGAGAAGAAAUCCCUCAGUUCUCCUGCUGAGCUUCAGGCUGCAAUCGAUGGCAAUAGGCGGGAAGGCAGGCGGCCCAGCUACAGCUCCUCUUUGUUCAGCUACUCACCCACCACCACAGGGCCUCCAUCCCUCCUGUCUCCCCCAAAGAUCCGCUUCCCCAUCAUUGGCGUUGCGCCAGGCAGUGGGACCAGCAAUCCUCGGGUGUCUCCAGCAGCAGCGGUCAGAAAAGGUGACGGUGUGCCCUUGACUGUGUCUAUGCCAAAUCGUAUUGCUGUGCCAGUGACCUUGGCUAGCCAGCAGGCAACUGUGGCAGCAAGAACAGCCACCCUAGAGCAGCUGAGGGAGAGACUGGAGUCGGGAGAGCCUCCGGAGAAGAAGGUCUCACGGAUGACGGAGGAGGAGCAGCGGCUUUUUUUGCUGGGGGUUCUCCGCCACCCCGUCACCACGGAGGCUCUUCAGCGCAACCUGUUCAGCAUGGCACGGCAGAUCCCCAUGAAGAUCAAAAUCAAUGGCAAGGAAGAUAAACCGGACUCGGCGGCAGCAGCAGCACUGAAUUUGUCACCUAACGGCAUUGGGAGUAUUAACAUGUCGGUGGAGAUUAACGGCACAAUUUAUGCUGGAGUGCUCUUUGCCCAGAAGCCAGUUGUCCAUCUCAUUGCAGGCUCCAGCACCCAAAGUUCCUGCAGCAGCAGCAGCAGCUCCCACUGCUCUCCCAGCCCUACCUCAUCCCGGGGAACCCCCAGCGCAGAGCCCUCCACCAGCUGGUCUCUCUGA